AUGGAGUCCUUUCUCACGGGGCCAAAGCGAAAAUCGACCCAUGUUAAUCCUACCCCAGAACCGGCGCCGUCCCAGGAAGAGGGCGAAGAAUCGACAGAGAUCAAACUCGCUAUGCUAUCCUCACUACAUCCUCACAUUGAACAGGAAACUCUCCUGGAUGUCCUCUUAGCGCACGAUGGUUCUGUCAGCCAAGCGUCAGAGUCACUAAAAUCCUUUCGCCCGGGUGCGAGGAAAAGCGCCGUUGUAGGACACCAAAGAUCCCUAAGGCUGUACACAAAACCCGCUGUCACGGGAAGUGAUGAAUUGUCAUCAUCGCCCAAGAAGAGGGCAAAAUCAAAGAAGGGCAGCACACUGCACUUGUACGACCCAGAAGAUGUGGCAGAACACACUCCCUGUACCAUUAUACACAAUUUUCUCCCGGCCGAGCUGGCAGAUGAGCUCUUAAGAGAACUAUUACACGAAGCCGAAUCGUUUGAGAAAAUUACCUUCAAGCUGUUUGACAACAUCGUGUCCAGCCCGCAUACUUCGUGCUUGUUUCUCGAAUCGCAGGAGGAGAUCCAGGAGCAAAAACAUAAUUACUUUUACAACGGAGGCAUGCUGAAUGAUGUACGCAAGCUCACGCCGACGCUCGCCAAAGUGAAGCCCAUCGUUCAGGAGACAGUCAACGAGCAAAUCCAAACCCGCAUCAAGACUCACUACCCUGGAGGCAAGAAACUGAGACAUCAGCCAUCCAGGCCGUGGACGCCCAAUGCUGCAUUUGUUAAUUGCUACACCGGAGCCCAACAGAGCGUGGGAUGGCACAGCGAUCAACCUACAUACCUGGGCCCUCGAGCUGUCAUCGGAUCCAUUUCCCUAGGCGUCGCACGGGAGUUUCGUGUGCGCAAGAUCCUACCGCGAGAUGCGGAAACAAAACGUCCCGACGAUCCAGACGGCGAAGGCCAAAUAUCCAUCCACUUGCCACAUAAUUCACUCCUGGUGAUGCACGCCGAGAUGCAAGAGGAGUGGAAGCAUUCUAUUUCGCCAGCCUUAUCCAUUGAUCCGCAUCCGAUAUCUGGAAACAAGCGGAUCAACAUCACGUACCGAGAUUAUCGCCCAGAGAUGCAUCCGUCCCUGACUCCCAGAUGCCACUGCAACAUUCCUUGCGUGCUCCGAGUUGUGCAACGAAAAAAGGAAAACCAUGGAAAGUACUUCUGGAUGUGCUAUGCAAACGCGAUACCUGAUAAAGAUGGGUGUUCGUUCUUCCAAUGGGCCGAAUUUGACGAAGAAGGAGUUCCUAUACAGAAGAAAACGACGACGACGACGACGACAAAGCUCCCCUGA